UUCUGACUGACUAAUCAUUCGUCUCGCCAAGCUCGAUCAGACAACAUCGCAUUUCGCGGCACAUUAAAUCGUCUCCGCCCAGCUGAGUUCAAUCCAAGCAAAAAAAUGAACAUUCAGUUUGUUCUUGCUACUAUUCUCUUGGUUGGCAUUUUUGGCCUCUCCGAGGGCCUCUCUUAUCUUACCACCUCGCGCCGCACCACUCCCCCUACACCCAGGAUUCCGACCACGCCCUGGCGCCGCACCACUCCCCCUCCACCCAGUAUUCAGACCACGCACUGGGACCCCGCCACUCCCCCUCCACGCAGGACCGACUGGCCUCACGAUCACACCUCUACAGGACGAAAGUGUACAAUGGAGGUAUGUUAUGAACCAAGAGGCGGCCCGUGUAAACACGUGAUUGAUGCCUACAUUAAGAGAUCAAACAAAUUUACCGUCGAAUGUGGAUGUAGAGAUCAUUGUAAGACCCAUGUCGAGGUUGACUACGUCGAGGAGUGGAAGCUGUACAAGACUAACGAUCGGUGGGGCCAAGAGUGUCGAUGCAACUCGGACGGGUCGGUUACCUGCCACUAAACCUCGGCCAAGUCGCCGGCUGCCUGACAUCUAUGUCCAAAUGAGGAAACCAUGUAUAUGUUUGAAAAUACGGACUGUUCCCAUGACAGCCAAAUUACAAUGUAGAGGCCCGAAUGAGAAAUACAUAUGUUGGCUUGAGAAGUAGAGUAA